CAUUCGGCUAAAUAUAUUUUGAUCCACACGGCAAAGUCCGCUUCAUCAGUUGUCAACAAAAUCAUAUUUAGUUGUUCUUUGUUAAUAGCACAAUGAUUUUAUUUCUGUACUUGAUAACGGCUGUGAUUAUCGCGGCCUAUCUGAAGAUCAGGACGGCCCAUUCUUAUUGGUCCAAAAGGGGCGUAAAACAGCUCGAACCCCACUGGCUUUUGGGCAAUUUUAAGGAUGUGUUUUUCAGGAGGAAAAGUCCCGCUCAGUUCGGCGUCUACUUAUACAGGGAAAUGAAAAAAUUAGACCUUAAGUAUAUGGGAAUGUAUAAUUUUUACGAGCCCAUUUUGGUCGUUCGAGAUUUGGAGUUGAUGAAACUGAUUCUGAUUCAGGACUUCAAUUACUUCAACGAUCGGGGCGCGUUCUGUAACGAGAAAGUGGAAAAACACGCCGGCCAUAUCGUUAACGUCAAGGGAGAAAGGUGGAAGCGUUUUCGGAAAAAGCUGACGCCAGCUUUUACUUCAGGGAAAAUGAAACUAAUGUUUGAGACGAUCGCCGUUCGAUCUUCAGAACUGAUCGAAAUGCUGACUCCCUACGUCGAAUCUAACGAACCGGUUGAAAUGAAGGACGCCUUUGCCCGUUUCACGAGCGAUAUCCUCGGGACAGUCGCCUUCGGGAUCGAUUGCAACACCAUGCGGGUUUCCGACUCUGAGUUCAGGAAAUACGGAGAUAAGUUAUUUGAGAGAUCGGUGUGGACUACGAUGAAGAGGCUGUUUGUGCCAAAACUGCCCCCUUUCGUCGUCACGCUGUUCGGUUUGAGGCUCAACAACAAGGAGGCGAUAGAUUUCUUCUGGGACGUCAUCCAAGAGAACGUGCAGUAUCGAGAGAAAAAUCGAGUGGUCAAAAAGGAUUUUUUGCAAAUGAUGAUCCAGCUGAAAAAUCAAGGCGAUGUAGGCGACGACGACGGCAAGUAUCAGAAAAAUUGCGAGGACGCGUUCACACUCACUGAAGUGAUAGCCAACAGCUUGGUCUUUUACGCUGGUGGGUUUGAAACGUCUUCUUCCGUAUCGACUUUCACGUUGUAUGAACUCGCCGUGAACCAAGAUGUUCAGGACACGUUGAGAUCGGAAAUAAACCGAGUGUUGGAAGAACAUGAUGGAAAAAUGAGCUACGACGCUAUCCAAAAGAUGACUUAUCUUGAAAACGCUGUCUAUGAAGGCAUGAGAAGACACAAAGCGACAAAUUUUCUCGUGAGGAAAGCGGAAUCGGACUAUAGAGUACGCGGAACGGACCUGGUAAUUGAAAAGGGAGUAUCUGUUUGGAUUCCCAUGUCCGGCUUCUACGAGGAGGAGGAGUAUUUCCCUGACCCGGAAAAAUACGACCCAGAUCGGUUUUCCGAGGAGAAUAAAGCGAAGCGACCCGCCAUGGCUUUCUUGCCUUUUGGAGAAGGACCUCGGCAGUGCAUUGGACUGAGAUUUGGAAUGCUGCAAGACAAGGUCGGCAUCGCAGCGAUCAUUAGGAACUUCAGAGUGACGCUCAAUACGAAGACUCUGACUCCUUUGGAACACGAUCUUGCUACUUUUGUGCCAACACCUAAGGGAGGGGUGUGGCUUAAUUUUGCAAAAGUAUGAAACGAUUGUCCCUUCUCCAGGAAAAGUUUUCGAUUCUGACAAGAUAAAAAUUUUCAAUUUUAAUUAGAAUACCCUAGAUAUGAAAACAUUUUUGAAUACGGCGGUACAUAUUUAAAAACUCGACAUAUUUUUAGAACUUAAAUAAAAAACUUGAAAAGA